UCAGCAAUAUUCAGAGGAAGUUUUGGAUAGAUGCCUUAGUUUCUUAAAUAAUUGGAAGAGACACAGGUGGAGGGGAACCUAUAAAGGAAAUUUAGAAGACACAUUAAUUGCUGGAGGUGUAGGUCAGUGGUAGAACACUCAGAAAACCAGCCAUUAAAAACUGACCAAGUUGGCCAGGCAUGGGGGCACACAUCUAAUCCCAGUACUUGGGAGGCAGGAGGAUCAUUGCAAGUUUGAGAUCAGCCUGGACUACAAAGUGAGCUCAAAGCCAGCCUGAACCACAUAGGGAGACCCUGUCUCAAAAAGACAGAAACAAAGUCAUCGAGUUGGCACAGGUAGUGUGGGAGUUUGUGUAGCAAGGGGAUGAUGUUUAUUUUUAUUUUGCCAAGUCACCAGGCUUUUCUCUUUUCCUUUUUCUUUUUUUUUUUUUGAGACUGUUGCUAUAUAGUCCAGGCCAGCCUCAAGCUCACUGCAAUCUCCUGCCUCAGUCUCUUUUUUUUUGGUCUUUUUCCUUUUUUAUUGGUACCAGGGAUCAAACUCAAGACCACACACUUGCAAGGCAGACGCUUAUGCCGCUGAGCUAAACCUCCAGCCCCCUGCCUCAGUCUGUUGAGUACUGGGAUUACAGGGCACCAUGCCUGGCACAUGGCUUCUCGACAACAGCAUGGCUGCAGGUCUGAUGGUACCACCUGUAAUCUGAGCACUUUGGGAUUGCACGUAAGUCCUGACGGGGCAAUUUAGGUAGACCCUUUCUCAACAAAGAGGUCUGGUGAUUACAGCUCAGUACAAAGGCCUUAGACUCGAUUCCUGCUACCCCUAAAACUCAGCUGCAUAGCUUCUUCAGGCAAAUUGCUGGUUGACUAUGUAACAUCUGCUGAAAGAAGUGGGCCUUGGUUAAAGUUAUUUGAGUGAAAGGACAAGUGAUAGGCCUAGAACUCACAUCCCUGGGAGCCCAGGUCUCAAUGUUUUUUGUUUUUUUCAUACCAGCGAUUGAACUCACAACAUUGUGCUUGCCAGGCAGGCACUCAGACCACUGAGCUAAACCCCUGAUCCCCAAUGGUUUUUAAUGUGAGCCAAUGCUUUUUCCACCACACUUUACUGUGCCUCUUUUAAAGAUUAUGGGAACCAGGCAUGGUAGCUCAUGCCUAUAAUCCCAGCAUUUGGGAGGCUGAGGCAGGCGCAGAUUUUGAGUCCAGCCUGAGCUACAAAACAAGACCCUGUCUCAAACAAACAAGAUUAUGGAAGCAAGUUAGGGGAAGUCUUGUAAUCCAGCAUGUCAGGGCUCCUGACAGUCACAUCUGCCUAUGAAGGUACUUGGCGGGCACUGAGGCAGGCUGGUGGUGAAGAGAACAAAAAAAAGGUCCAAAUUGUAAAGACACUGAGGACCUCAAAAGGUUAUUAAAGUCUCGAAUGUGGGUGUUAAUGAUGCCCUCAGCCUGCGUGGUUAUCUAUCAGUAAAGGCACGCUAGACUAAGACGAGUGGGAGGAGAGGAACGCUUUUCACGAGCCACGAUAAGGAUGAGGACACGGGUGAUCCCUGGAGAGAUUCUCAAAACCAGGCUCCUGGGCAGAGCUAGAGGAAGCAGUUGAGAGAAGACAUCAUACUCCAAAUCUGUGAUGCUGUCCGUGGGCAGGAGGAACCAGGGCAUACCAAGAACCCUCAGAGCCUGAAGAGCAGAGAUGAGCCAGGGGAAAGCCAAAGGGAAAAUCGCGCUGCAGCUUAAAGCCACGCUGGAGAACAUCACCAACCUCCGGCCCCUGGGCGAGGACUUCCGGUGGUACUUGAAGAUGAAAUGUGGCAAUUGUGGUGAAAUUUCAGAGAAGUGGCAGUACAUCCGACUGAUGGACAGCGUGGCAUUGAAAGGAGGGCGUGGCAGUGCCUCUAUGGUCCAGAAGUGCAAGCUGUGUGCACGGGAAAAUUCCAUCGAGAUUUUGAGCAGCACUAUCAAGCCUUAUAAUGCUGAAGACAAUGAGAAGUUCAAGACAAUCGUGGAGUUUGAAUGCCGGGGCCUAGAACCAGUUGAUUUCCAGCCCCAGGCAGGGUUUGCAGCUGAGGGUGUGGAGUCAGGGACAGUCUUCAGUGACAUUAACCUGCAGGAGAAGGACUGGACUGACUAUGAUGAGAAGGCUCAGGAGUCUGUGGGAAUCUUCGAGGUCACACACCAGUUUGUGAAAUGCUGAACCGUCUUGCUACAGACUUCUCUUAAGAACUGAGAAGAGACUGAGUGGCCCAGGCAGUGACACCCGCAGAGGCUGGUGCUCGAGUCCCUCAUCUAAUCCUAUCUGCAUGCUGGGCUUUGUCUUAGUUCCCGAGCCUCACCAAUAAAGCCUCUGUUCUGGCUCUACUGGUGCAUGGGGGACGUCAGGGAGCAGCCCCUCCCUCUAGAACUAGGAGUUCAUGCUGGAGGUUUCUGCUUUCUGGCACCUUCCUUUGGUCUUAAGUCCCUGAUCCACUUUGCAGAACACGCAGAGAGCGUACACUUCCAAAGGCUCUCCAGCUCCUGGAGAGAGAGCAGGUCAACCCAGAGGAUUGAAAGUGCCACAGCCAGUGGCAGAAAAGAACAGGGAAGCCUGUGGAAUGGUGCCAAGAGCCAAGCAGUCCAGAGCCAAAACACUGCAGUGGCCAGCUUGCCUCUCUGUACAACCCAGGCAUCUGUUAGCUGGUGUCACUUCACACCCUGGGGCUAGAGGAUUUCAGUAGCUCUCCCCCAGCCUGUUCCUGGCUAAUGGCCAUCAGGUGUCCACUCGCUUGCUGUGAUGGGCACUCCCGGCCCAUCAGGAGUGUUAGUGUGAAAGUUCUGCCUUGUGCUCAGUGAGCCUCUGUGGUUCCUACAGUUCCCUGUGGAUCCUGGUUUCACCCCCCAGGUCACACUCAUGUUCUUCUGCCUCUGGGCAAUACUUCAAAGCUGUGAACAGAGUGGUCAAGAGCUGCUCAUGGAUCCAAGAUCCCCACACUGCAGACAAGCAUGAGACCAUGAGAGGAUGUGCAUGUCCUCACUUUGGGGAACCCGUUGUCUGUAAAACCUCUGCCACAGCCCUUACUUCUCACCUGUUCUAUGGAAUGUGGAAUUCUUUGGAAGAAAAUAUUAUCUGUG